GGGGAGUAGUAUCUAUGAUUGCCGUACAAAAGGCGGCAGCUUCGGCGAAUGCUUCCCGCCUUGUUUCUCCCACCGCACAAGUCGCCUGCAACGUCUACGUUUCCGUCGGAGGCAUGCCCAGUCACGCCCCUCUCCUUUUGGAUCUACUGCGCCAAACUCAGGAGCACUGUGCACACUUAGUCGCGAUCAGCGCGGACUCCGGCCCUCCGUCAACCAGGUCGGCGGCAGUGGUGCACGCGUACGCAGAUCCAGUCUACAAUCGAUCGUCAUUUCAUUUGGCGGGAACGGCACCGCACGUGGCAUCCCUAGCGUCGAAACUCGCCGCAGACGCCAUCCAAAGCAUACGGCAAGCGUCCGAUGGUUUAUCUUCUUCUAGCGAUGUCCACACGGAAUCUGUAUCUCACCCGAACGUAGGUCUGGUUGAUCACGUUGCCGUCAUGCCAAUCACCGGUCGCGACGAAACUUCAAAGCAUGCUGCAACAACAGCAACGAGUACGACGCCGAGCGGUUUGGCAGCGCGAAUGAUUGGCGAUCGGCUGUCUGCACUGAAUGUUCAAGUGUUUUACUACGGAACGGCGCAUCCACAGGCAAUUCCGUUAGCCAUUGUCCGGAAAGAACAAACCUCUUUCUUUCACUCGGGUGGCUUAUCGCUGGACCAUGGAAAAGGGGGCAAACGUUGUAGUCAUCCGGUGGUGGAGGUAGCGAUGGUCGGCGCCCCACCUGAGUUUGUGGAAAAUUACAAUAUUCGGUUGACCAGGCAUUGUACAUUGGCGAUGGCACGGUCAUUGACGCGACGGGUACGGGAGCGUGACGGAGGCCUGGCGGGGGUCGAGGCCCUUACUUUACCCUACUCCGAGGGCCGGUGGGAGCGUCCGCAAACGAUAUUCAAACAGUUGUAG